AUGGCCUGCCUCCACCAUGCGUUUCAGAAAGUUUCUGCAGGGGUUUUCCUCUUAGUGCUUUGGGGUGAGGUUGUAGGUGACAAGCUGCUGGUGGUGCCUCAGGACGGAAGCCACUGGCUCAGUAUGAAGGAGAUAGUUGAGCUCCUCAGUGAGAAGGGACAUGACAUUGUAGUGCUGGUGCCCGAGGUCAAUCUGCUUCUGAAGGAAUCCAAACACUACACGAGAAAAAUCUACCCAGUGCCAUUUGACCAGGAGGAGCUGCAGACCCGUUUCCGAUCUUUUGGAAAUAACCACUUUGCGAAGAGAGGGCUCCUGAGCGCCGCUCCGAUGGAGUACAGGAAUAACAUGAUUGUUAUUGACAUGUUCUUCAUCAGCUGCCAGAGCCUUCUGGGGGACUCCGCCACCCUGCGUUUCCUCCGGGAGAGCAAGUUCGACGCCCUCUUCACAGACCCAGCUCUGCCCUGUGGGGUGAUCUUGGCGGAGUACCUGGGCCUGCCCUCCGUGUAUCUCUUCAGGGGCUUCCCAUGCUCCCUGGAGCACGCAAUCAGCAGGAGCCCAAACCCUGUGUCCUACAUUCCCAGAUGCUACACUCAGUUCUCAGACCGGAUGACCUUCCCCCAACGGGUGGCCAACUACCUUGUUAAUUACUUGGAAACCUACAUAUUCUACCUUCUGUAUUCAAAAUAUGAAGACCUCGCAUCCAGUAUCCUCAAGAGAGAUGUGGACUUACCCACCUUGUAUCGGAAGGGUUCCAUUUGGCUGUUAAGAUAUGACUUUGUGUUCGAGUAUCCCAGACCAGUCAUGCCCAACAUGGUUUUCAUUGGAGGGACCAACUGCAAAGAAAAGGGAGUCCUGUCUCAGGUUGGUGGUUUUGUUUCUCUUUGA